CUAGCAGUAGUAAUAGCUUCCCUUUGUUGAGCCCGUACUAGGUGUGUGAGGUGCUUUGCCUACAUUAUCCCCUAAUCCACACUGGUGGGUGCUCAAUCAGUGGCAGCCACUCGGAGGUUGUUAUUAUCCCUCUUCUCCAGGUGAGGAAACACAGGCUUUGAGAGAUCAAAUGACUGCCCAGAGCCACUGGGAUUGGAAUCUGAGUCUGGGUGACUCCGAAGACCUAGAUGCUCCAUUGGCCGGAUGGGCGGCCGUGUAACAAAAGCAGCUUCAGGCAAAAGGACAUUGAUCUGAAGUCCAGGAAUGCAGCAGAUAAGGGCCCACGCUCUGCUUCUGGCCCCUGUGGGUGGACAGACAUGUCUCAGGAAGGGGCUGCAGAGGGCUCCGGCACAGAGGACCCUGAUCUCAGACCCCGACGAAGCUGUGGGCUUUCCCGGGAGGAUAUGGAAGAAGCGAGCUCCGUGUCAGGCCUGGCCCCAGACCUGCCUGGGGAAAGCUCUGGGGCCUCAGCUGGGGCUGGCAGCAGAGAGGGGGUGCCCAGGGAAGAGAUCCGUCAAGGUGCCAGCUCCCAGGCUGGCGGUGCCCACUUGCUGGUCCUCGGUCUGCAGGCUGCAGGACGGAACCAGGAUCUGGUGCCCGGCCCUAAGCUCCACAUCCAGCUGCCCACGGUGCCUGCUCAGGGGAGGGCUCCGGCCACCAAGAAGCUCCAGAUUUCACUACACAAAGUCUUGGAUGAAAACUGGGCCAGCGAUCUUUGUGGCAUGUCCAUGGGGCUCCCAGAGAGAGCUUUGGCUGGCGGGGAGAGGCCUGCAGGUGUGGAGAAGACGAGCUGCCCCAGGCCCAGAGAGGUCAGACAAGGAGGGAGGAGCUCUCCAGGGUGUGAUGGAAGAAGCCACACCCUCAGUAAAGAGGAACCCCCCAAAAGGGAACUGCCAUCCUCACUAGGCGCAGCCCCUGUGCAGGCAAGAAAGAAAAGCAAGAAGCAUAACGCCUGCUCAGAGGGUGGGGAGGGGGUUGGUGGCUUCUUGUGGCUUGGUCAGAGGCCUGGUAGGGACGACCCCCAGUGUGUGAGAGAUCCCCCACAAGGUGCUGACUUGGUGUCGUUGGGAGGCCUUUGCUGGCCUCUUUCUCCCAAGGACACAGGGCAUGGUCCAGGAGAUUCAGGUGGAAGUUGUGUGGGAUCUGCCUCAGGGGCUGAGAAGUUCAGGUGUUUGCCUGCUGCAGGGGCUGGGGCCCGACCAGGCAGCCCCUAUGACCCUGUCCUGUUCCCACUGCCCAGUGGAGGGGAGCGCCUCAGGCCAGCUGCCCAGGACCCUGCGCAGAGCCCUGCACUGUGCUUGAGAGAGUCUGGAAAGGCUUCCCCAGAGUGGCAAGAAGCUGAGCGGGUUGUUGUGGGGGCUGGCGGUGAUGGUGGCCCUGCCGCCUCACCCAACCGGGAGGAGCUGGAGGUCAAGGUUCAGCCAGUAUCCAGGGGGAGGCUGGGGCAAGGGCUCGCUGCUCCCACGGACACCCCUGCUGGCUCCCCAGAGUCUGCAGCCAGCGAGGCUCGCUCAGGCUCAUUCAAAGGGCAGAGAAUAUCCGAGUGUGCUUCGUUGGGCAUGGGCCCAGUGCCCCCUGCCGAGGACCAGGGCACAGACAGAAGCCCAGACAACUCCAGCCAGGACCAGCCGGCAGCAUCCUGCCCAGGAGGCUUCCCCAGACUGGAGGAAAUGAAAAUGCCCCAUGGGGUGAAGCAUGUGUGUUACUUUGAUUCCGGAGCAAUGAUCUACCUCCUGGGGGCCAUCAGCCUUGGCCAGGCAGGGGGGCUGCAGCCUCCAAAGCUGGAGCCUCUGAACAGCUUGAUGGAGGUCAGCUCGGCCUCACCUGCCCAAAGGCCCAGAAGGAAGGAGAGGCCCAGUGCCCAGGGCCCCACGGGGUGCCAGGAGGGGCUUCCUCUUCAGGAGGCCUGUGCUGAGGAUCCAGGGUGCAGCCCAGUGGAGGCUGAAGAGGAGGAGCAGGGUGAACAGGACUGGGGAGAAGACUCAGUUCAGCUCCCACUCCAAAAGGAGAAGCUUCUCCUGGAUAUUGGGACAAGGGACACUGUGGUCCGUGUCAUGCAGAACGUGCUGUGGAGUCGCCUGCGGCAGCUCCCACACCUGGUGCUGAGUGAGGAGGUGGUGGAGGGCAUCGCUGCUGGCAUCGAGGCAGCCCUCUUCGACCUGACGCGAGCCACCAACUGCCACUACAAGAACAAGUACCGCAGCCUGCUGUUCAACCUGCGUGACCCCAGGAACCACGACCUGUUUCUCAAAGUGGUCCACGGAGAGGUCACCCCCCACGGCCUGGUGCGGAUGAACUCAUUUCAGCUGGCCCCCCAAGAGCUGGCUCGCUGGCGGGACCAGGAGGAGAAAAGGGGCCUGGAGAUCAUUGAGCAGCAACAGAAGGAGUCCUGCAGCCUCCCGACCUCCAAACUGACCCACAAGGGUGAAGUUGAGAUUCUGCGGGACACGGACCAAAUGCUGACCCUAGAAGAUCUGGUGGAACCCGUGGUGCCCAUCCACUGCAGCCCACUGGCCCUGCCUGCCACAUCAAAGGACCCCAUGGAGUGGCAGGAGGACCCCACGGAGCAGCAGGAGGGCCCCAUGGAGCAGCAGGAAAACCACACAGAGCAGCAUGAGCGCUACUUCUUAGACCUCGGCGGCCACCUCUGCAAGGACUGGAAGUCCUUAUGUGAGCUACCAGGCUUCUCCAAGGCCAAUAGAAGGGUGGAGGACAGUGUCUUUCAGAGAGCCUCAAGCCCAGCCUCUGUGUCCUCUUCAGAGAUGCCCCAGCUUGGGGAGAAACCUCCCAUGGAGCCCCAGGACAGGCUCCAGAUGUCUGCUGGGCCUACGAAGGCCCUGUCCAGCCUGCCGCCCUGGGAGGGGGCUCUGCACAUGUUCUCCAUUAAGCAGUUCCGGGUCAAGGCCCAGCUGGUCUCAGGACUCAGCUGUCGGCUCAUCACGGCCCUGCCCCAGGUGAUCUGCUCAGCAGGCUGCAUCCCUCCGAACACCAUCUGGGACCUUCUGGCCAGCAUCUGCCCAGCCAAGGCCAAGGACUUCUGCGCGGUCAGGCUGUGCCCGCAGGGGGCUCGGGACACCCAGAACUGCCGCCUGCUCUACUCCUACCUCAACAAUAAGCAGUGCCACGGCCUGGCAGCCGUGGAGCACGUGAUGGUGGUCCUGCUGCCCCUGCCCGCCUUCCAGCCCCUGCCCACCAGACUGCGCUCUCUUGGAGGCCCAGGCCUGGAAACCACUCACUCAAGCCUGCUGCUGGCUGUGCUGUUCCCCAAGGCAGGGCUUCCAGACACAGCAGAGUUCAGCCCCUUGCUGGGGAAGGUUCGCAAGACGGUCUCCUUCAACAAAAAAGUGGAGAUGAGAUGCCACCAGCGGAAGGCCAAGAGGCCAGAUGUGGCUCGGAAGGGGUCCCCUCCCCCAGGGGGUGCCCUUCAGCAAAGCCAGGGCAGAGGCAGCCUGGCUCCAAGGGGAAUCUGUGCUUGGCAGAGGCCCCCUGGAGGCAGGGGGAGACUGUGGGAAGAGUCUGACACCUGGCAGAGUCCUGGGCGAGGGCAGGGGCCCACAAGACCAGGCCGGUGCCAGUCCUGGCACCCCUAUUCAGCAGCACCAGCUGGUCACGGCCGGCACCUCCACAGGGCUUCCUGCCCCCAACAAGCCCUGCUGCAGCAUCUUGAAUGCCUGGUGACUAUGAGCCACCAGCUCCAAGCCUCCCUGAGAUCCUCGGGCCAGGAGCUUCUUCCUCAGCCCCACGCAGCCCGUGGGAUUCUUGGCCUCUUUGGCCAGCCCCCUGGCCCAGCCCCUGACUCCUCUUUGGGACCUACAGAUGGAGCUGGCUCUGAAUGUCCCCUCCCUGAAGAAACGUGACCCUCGUUACCCACCAGAAGAGGGGUUUUGAUUCUCCCACCAGUGCUGAACCCCGAGCUCUUCCAGGGAGAGGCAGGGGCAGAGGAAGGGAGGGCCAGCUCAGCCCACCUGCCCCUUUUGAGUUUCCUGUUCUGCAAGUUGUCUAGCGUUGAUCGUUGGUUCAAUAAAGAUUUUGACAAAGUUGA